AUACAGCUAGCUCGGUUGAAAAAUUUGAGAGUGAACUUCGUCGAGGCUCAACGAGUCUGUGACCUAAUUACACCACGGCAGGGAUUGGAUGAUARCCUCAUGAAUAAUUAGUGAGUUUGCUCAUUCGAACUUCAGUAAAGAACAGGGUAGAAGUGAGGUGUACAGUUUUUUCAAUGAUCCCGAUCAAAGGGCUAAAAGUUUGGUCUUUAAUCAGCUCAAAAGAACAGUGAUUUUGAUUCCUGAUCCUUGUCUGCAAUCCGUGAUAAUAAUUUUUAUGAUCCUGAUUUCCAAGAGAUCCGACCCAAUUCCAAAGCAAAACACUCUUAUGUAUCCCCGAGCUUCAAAAUGAAGAGACUGUGAUUCCAAAGUUAAAGCUUAUAUCCCUAUCACAUGCAAUGAUAUAAUCGAACAAAGAUUAAAAUCCUUGUUAACAGAGGACUGUUAUUCAUUUAUCAGGUCCCACCUUCAAUUUAUCAUCAGCAUGAGUUACAUACACAAGCCCCACACUAGACCACUCGAACACCGGACACCAUUCCAGCUCGUCGACGCUCACGCCAACGCCCAUCCUAAAAAGGAAGCCAUCGUUUUCCGCGACGAAACUAAGAAGAGAACAUCGUUAACAUUCCAAGAGUAUGAAUCUAAGUCCAGACUUCUCGCUGCUGCAUUAAUUGAGAUAGGCCUGGUACGUGGUGAUAGAGUGCUGGUGAUGCUGCCAUCAUGUUUUGAGUUUGUAAUAGUGCACAUGSCAUUAAACAGAAUUGGCGCCAAUAUUGUACUAGGUGAAGACGACGCUCAUCCUGCUCUUCUUGGUGUUGUAGACCUGGCCUGUGUGAUUGCUCGCUGUGAGAUUGAACGUCCGUCUGCUAACCAUGAUCAAAUUUUAACAAACAUCAAAAUUGCUUUACAAAGGUUAAAAGCAGUUGUUAUUGUGAGUUCAAACGCUGGUCCACUAAGUGACUUCAAGAAGGUGUACAUCUACAAAGAGCUUAUUCAAAUGGCCAAGGAAAUUGAUAAUUGGAUUGAAACAGUCAGACRAGCAGAAACAUCCGUCCAGAUGGACGACCCAUCAGUUGUGUUAUUCACUUCGGGUUCUACAUCCAUUCCUAAGCCCAUUCAGUACACGAACCAUGGUUUUGUGAAUGGAGUGCUUGCAGACGCUUCGCUGAUGCUGAUGGAUGAAAACUCCAUCUAUUUCUCUGAUGCGCCUUUUGACUGGGUUUCAGGUUUGUGUUUUAGUAUUGGAGUGGUCAUAACGAUGGGAUCAACCCUCGUAGUAUUUCCUCGUAAACUGACCUUUGAAGGGGUACUUGCACCAACUGUUAUGAAGACGAUUGAAGAGGAGGAAUGUACACAUGCGAUGAUCUUGGCCUACCUCUUCCAUGAUAUCACCAUGUGCAGAGAGAUUCUGGAUAUGAACUUGAGUCAGCUGAAAGUUGCUAUUACAGGAGGACAAGCCGCUACUUUCUCUUUGAUGAAGAAAGUUUUCGACAAGAUCCCUCAUAUCACCAUAAAUAACAUCUAUGGAGCUACAGAGAUGAAUCUGAUCGCUCAUCAGCUACUAACAAGGGAGAAUAUAGAUUCAAUGGACCUCGGACUGAUGGAAAUUGUUGACGGCUGUGAAGUGAAGAUCGUUGAGGAAAAUAGAAAUCUUGCACCUUUAAAGACAAAAGGUGAGCUUUGUGUGCGCGCAUCAUGGGUGUCGUUUCCCAAUUGGGAUUUGUUUUCAUCUUCAGAAAAACCUAACAACAAAACCGAUGUUGGAAAGAACGGUUGGCAUUUCUCAAAAGAUUGCGCCUCGUUAGAUGAGAAAGGAAAGCUAAGAYUUCAAGGUAGAAUGGAUGAUAUUAUCAAAUGUGCGACUGAACAGAUUCCACCUUACGARAUUGAAAGCCGUCUUCUUAAUCACCCUUCUGUCAACAAAGUUUGUGUUGUCGGUAUCCCUGAUGAGCGGUUAUACGAAAAUAUAUGCGCAUGCGUGAUCUUGAAAGAUGGYGACAAAAACGACCAUCAUACUAUCAAGAACGAGCUCGACAAAUAUUGCGUUGAAAAUUGUUGGCUUUCCAGCUCRGGGUUGUCAUGGAAACCACAUUAUUAUGUAUUUAUGAAAGAUUUCCCAAUGACAAGGACUGGCAAGUUGAGUMGAAAGCUCCUUAAAGAAAUUGCCAUCAAGGAACUUAUAUGAUAAUGAAAAAUAAGUUUUGAUUAAAAGAGA